AGCUGGGAAGAAAAGAUUGUCUCUGACCUUACUAGUGUGUCUUGGCACAGAAGACUGGUAGUAAACAAGUAAACAGUUGACAAGUGCAGUAACCACGGGAACAGAACCUGCUCAGUGACAAGGAUGAGGACUAUUCCAGAGACCCAUGACCAGGAGCUGAGAACAGGUGCAAAGAAAGAACGAUGCCUUCAGAGAAAAUGCUUACUUCUGUGUACACUUCUUCUCAGUACUCUCCUUGGGUUUACAAUGCUUAUCACCUACAUCGUGAUGACUUGUGGUCUAGGAUCCUGUGAUGUCGAGCUGGGUCUUACACUGUUGGCCAGACUCCUGGAUUCUAGGAAUGACACUGUGGACCCCUGUGAGGAUUUCUACAAAUAUGCUUGUGGCAGCUGGGAAGGCAAACACUCAAGCAGAGCCACAGAAGAAUCACUAAACGUAUUUGAUGUGUUGAUGGAAGAAAACCAGUUGAUCCUGAAAAGACUUUUAGAGGAGCCACAGUUUGGGAUAAGAGGCUCAGCUAAGGAGAAAGCAAUCCAGUUCUAUCACUCCUGCAUGGAUACCCAAAAGAUAGAAUCCCAAGGAACUCAGCCAUUGAAGGACCUCCUAAAUCAGAUUGGUGGAUGGAAUAUCACAGGUGUGGGAAAAGCAAAAGAUUUUAAUGAAACUCUUCAGACUCUCAUGGGCAGAUACAGCACCUUUCCCUUUUUCAGAGUCCUUGUGGGACCUAGUCCUUUUGACCUCAAGACCAAUAUUAUUCAGAUUGACCAUCCUGAGUUUGAGAUGCCACCUGAGAGUAAAUUCAAAGAGAAAAAUUAUCUUGAGGUUCUCCGUGUGUAUCUCACAUAUUUGAAGAAACUGGGGGGCCUACUUGGAGGGCCACAGGAUGGUCCCCCAGAUUCUUUUUCCCUUACCUUGUCCUUCAUCUCUAACCUCCAGCGAGUUGUCACCCCACUGCAGGAAAGACAGCAGCGGGGGAUGCUGUUCUUCCACACUACCAUUAGGGAGCUACAGGAAAAGGCACCUGCUAUAGACUGGUUGUCAUGUCUCCAGGCUGUCUUCCAUCCUAUGCAGAUGAACCUGUCUCAGCCAAUUGCAGUGCAUGACAUGGAUUACAUAAGAGGCAUGUCACAGCUUAUCGAACAAUGGCACAAGGAAAGGGUCCUUCACAUUUAUAUGAUUGUUUGUCUGGUUGGGAAUCUCUCCCCAGCCCUUGACAGUCGAUUCCAAGAUGCACGCCUGGAACUAUCUAAGAUUCUUUAUGGAAAAAUGGGAUCUAGAAUGAUUCCAGCUGAGCGCUGGAGGAAGUGCUUGACUGAUACCAGCUCUUUCUUUGAGCCAGUUCUAGGGCAGAUGAUUGUGCAAGAAAUUUUCCCUCAGCAGACCAAGACACUUGCUGAGCAGAUGUUCUCUGAGAUCCAAGAUGCCCUCUAUGACCAACUGGAUCAGUUGAAGUGGAUGGAUGAACAAACUCGCCAAAAGGCUAAAGUCUUGGUUUCCAAACUACAAGUGGAGAUUGGCUAUCCAGCUCACAUACUCCAGACUGACAAAGUGAACAUGGAAUACCAGAAUCUGGUGAUAAAUGAAGACACUUUUUUCCUCAAUGUGGUGGCUUGCCUGAAAGUACAGAGGGAAAAUUCUUACUUGAAACUCCUUCAGCAUCACUCACAGGAUAACUGGCAUGUGUCCCCCUGGACUGUGCGUUCAUACUACUCAAUAAGGCACCACAUGGUGGUCUUUCCUGCUGGAAUGUUCCGCAGCCCUUUUUUCCACACAAAAUUUCCCAGCGCUGUGAACUUUGGAGCCAUCGGGGUCUUCAUGGCACAUGAACUUCUUCACACAUUCUACGGUUACGUGCUGCCUGGGGGCUGUCCUACAUGCGACAGGGGUGUACUACAAAAAUCUAUAGACUGCUUGGUUGAACAGUAUGAAAGCUAUGGCUCUAAGGUCAAUGGUACUUUUACACUGUUGGAGAAUACAGCUGACACUGGAGGGCUUGCCAUUGCUUACCAGGCCUAUAAGAAUUGGCUGAAAAAGCACAAAGAAGAGAAGGAUUUACCUAAGAUUGGACUUUCACAUGACCAGCUUUUCUACCUCAGUUUUGCUCAUGCAAUGUGUGGAAACCAGGAUCCUGAGAAAUUACAGUCUUCCCUGAAUACAGAUUCACACAGUCCCCUGCCACUUCGUGUCUGUGGGCCUGUCAGCAAUAGCCAGGACUUUGCCAAGCACUUCCACUGUUCCAGUGGAUCCCCAAUGAACCCAGACAAGAAAUGCCACAUCUGGUGAUCUGCAUGGAAAAAGAGGAAGAGAGGUAUGACCGCAGGGAGAGGAAGGCGUGACUCGUAAAGUGUGACCAUCUUCUCAAGGCCACUUGGGUGAUGUGGUGCUCUUGUUCACUCUUCUACCUACAUUUUCUUGUUAUCUUUUUCUCAGCAGUUGAUUGUAGCAAAAUUAUUAAACUGGGGUCAUAAGAGGAAAGGGUCUUCUACUGCUCUCAGCACUUUGUCCUGGAUAUGACAACUAGAGUUUAGCAAAUCCUAAAGGAGCAAGAUGACUACCUGGUAGACAACAACUUCUGAGUCAUUGUAAACAGAAGGACUGUUACAUUAUUAGUCACUCUGUUCAGUGCAUUUCCCUGCCUAUUCUUGCAACCUUACAGUCAUGUUGAAUGGGCAGAGCAAUAAGGCAGAGCUCUAAGACUUGUUCACAUAAGAUUUGCUGUUAGGGAAAUCCUAUGGGUUACUGUGUGUUGUGGUUUAAGCCCAGCUGGUAACUCAGACACACGUGUGGCAAACCACACGUGUAGGUUACCAGAGAGGGAAGAAUCCUCUUUUCUUCUUCUGCCAAUAAAUGGGGAAAGGAACUAGGAAAGACUCAAGGCUCUAGCUUCUAGGCUGAAAGAUAAGUCACCUAAUAUUGAAGGUUGCUGAAGACCUUUCCUGUUCUUUCUUUGUUUCAUCAGCAAAACUCCUAAGAGAUAAAAGAGGGAAGAGGAAAGCAUCCUCAUUAGUGGGAGUAGGAUUGGGAGCUGGGAAGAGUUUGUCUUUCUUCUUUCUUUCUUCUCCAACAAGAUUCUAUUUCUUUUUAGUCUAUAUUUAGAGUUGAGGAUAUGGUUGAGGGUGAAGGAACAGUCACAAGGGGUUUUAGAAGUCUCUGAAGACUGAACAAUUGGAAUUCCAAGAACUUCUCUGGAUCCUGAACCUGGUUCUCUCAUCCCUUCAUUUGUAAACAUAUAGCAUCCAAACAGAGUAGAGUUGCAGUAGGGGUUUACCUUCUACUUGAAAUUUAAUUUUAUAUAUUAAUUUGAAGGAAAAGAGAGCAAAAAGUAGUGUAUUUUAGAGUAGCAGGAGACAUGCUUAAAAGCACAUUCUCAAGAGCAACCUAAUAAUUGCAUCAAGUUCAUGUUCUGAUAAUUAGAAAAUAUAGACCAAUGGUCUAGAAUUUACCAAAGUUGGUAAAUAUACAAAACACAACUACCUUUUGCAUGUUCUUCAAAGUGUUCUUAAUUGUGGGAAGAUUUUGAUUUUACUUAUUAUACUGGCUGCCUCGGGAUUCUUUGUAGAACACGUGAUGGCAAAUGGAAAUAUCCCUUUUCAAUGUAAGCAUUGUACAAAUUCUUAAAAUCCUAAUUACUCUGUUAUUCCUUUCCAAUACUGACUAAUGCGGGUAAAUAUUUUCCAAGAACAGACUUUUCAGAGAUUUUGUUUUCAUUAGUUAACUAAAAUAUUAGUAAAGUGUUUGCUUCAGUGAAAAAAGUUGUUUGUAUUGCAAACUCUUUAUGACCUGUUUCUUUGUUCUGUAUUUGUACUGUUCCCAGCAUGACUGGAGUUCAUAGCUGAACCUCACGAGUAAUAAAUAAUAAUAUCUAGAAUUAA